AAUCAGGCGAACUAUUUACUUCAAAACACCCGUCAGUCAUAGUCGGUAAACAACGUACAGCACUCGUUAUCCUCUCGCCAGCGGAAAUGUGCAUAGUGAACAACUAAUUUUCUCUUAGCAUCCGCUUCAGGUUUGGGAUGUUGAUCUUAUGCUAGCAAAGUAUGAAGGCAGUAUAAAAAAAAAAAUCAAAUACUUCUUAGAGAUGACAUCGAAAGUGACAAAUGUCUCAGCUUCACAAGCAACAGCUUUAAAGGGUGUUGUACGCAAUAGCAGUUAUGUAAUACCCGGCUUAUACGAUCUUAGUGUCGAGGACACAAAUUGGGUGCUGACGUCAUCAUUCAUCAUUUUCACAAUGCAAACUGGCUUUGGCAUGCUAGAGUCAGGUUGUGUGUCAAUUAAGAAUGAGGUGAACAUAAUGAUGAAGAACGUCAUUGACAUUGUAUUGGGUGGCUUCACUUAUUGGCUCUUCGGCUAUGGCAUGAGCUAUGGACGUGGACCGCUAUCGAAUCCAUUCAUAGCGGUUGGAGAUUUUCUGCUCGACCCACCGGUGGGCGAUCCUUUGAUGGGACAAAUUUUCGCCGCCUUUCUCUUUCAGUUGUCCUUCGCUACGACAGCAACAACAAUUGUUAGUGGCGCCAUGGCGGAGAGAUGUAAUUUUAAAGCGUACUGUUUAUUCUCGUUGUUAAACACGGCUGUCUACUGCAUACCCGCCGGUUGGGUUUGGGGUGAGCAUGGCUUCCUCAAUAAUCUUGGUGCUGUGGAUAUAGCCGGAAGCGGGCCGGUACAUUUAAUAGGUGGUGCCGCCGCCUUCGCUUCUGCGGCUAUGUUGGGUCCGCGUCUGGGGCGCUAUUCAGACGGCUAUGAUCCUCUCCCGCUCGGCAAUCCCGUGAAUGCAUGUAUGGGCCUGUUUGUACUGUGGUGGGGAUGGUUGGCCUUCAAUUCGGGUAGUACUUAUGGAGUGAGUGGUGCCAAAUGGCAAUAUGCCGCACGUGCCGCUGUUAUGACUAUGAUGGGCUCAUUCGGUGGUGGCAUCAUAAGUUGCGCAUACUCACUUUGGCGUCACGAUGGUCGCAUGGACAUCAUUGAUCUGAUUAACGGCGUGCUUGGCUCCUUGGUUUCCAUAACGGCUGGCUGUUUUUUGUAUCGUGCUUGGGAAGCGUUAAUUAUCGGAAUGCUGGGCGCACUACUUUGUGUUGUCGCAAUGCCAUUGUUCGAUCGACUAGGCGUGGACGACCCGGUAGGUGCGAGCUCUGUUCAUGGUGUUUGUGGAAUUUGGGGAGUCAUUGCUGUUGGAUUAUUUGCCGACAAUCCUAUUCCUCUCGAAACAACAAAAGGGCGUUCAGGCCUGUUCAAGGGUGGCGGAUGGUAUUUAGUAGGCAUACAGAGCUUAUCGGCCCUAUGUCUUGCCUGCUGGGGCAUCUGUUCAACAUUUCUACUACUCUAUAUUGUCAACAAAUUUGUACCACUUCGCAUGGAUCCCAAUGAAGAGUUGCUAGGCGCAGAUUUGAUGGAACAUCGUAUACGCCACUCCCAAAUUGGCUUAUCGCGCGCCAUCUCAGCACUGGCACCAAUUAAGGUGGAUCUCAAUGAAUUCGCUGGUGUUCAGCCUAUUGGUCUUAAUCCCGGACAUGAGAAAAGUAUCGAACAAUUACGCGCAGCAGAUAAUAAAUUAUUGCAAUGGCAGCAAUAUCUCGAGCAAGUGAGUCCAGAUCUGCCCAAACAUGUGCAAGAACAAUUUGCCGUCGAAGAACAAAAUAUACUGAAGAAGAUUCACAAUUCAACCGAUAUCAAAGCACAAACUGUAGGAAAUAUUUUUAGUCGCAAACUUAAAUCAGUACAUAUCAGCAAGGAUCUGGAUCGUAAUGUACACACAGAAAUAACACAUGGGUUCUAUAAACCGAAGAAUAACGAAUUACCGGUGAUUUCAACGAAGAAAAUGGACAAGGAUAGCAACUUCGCAUGGGUCGAUUAAGGAGCCGGAAUAGCAAAUGUUUGUUUCGAGAAGGGAUUUUCAAUUAAAUCCUAAAUGUAUUCUUUUUUUUUCUCAUGGUGAUUUCGUUUCUUUCAAAAAAUUUUGCCCUUUAAUCCUGCAGAACAUGCCCUUUUAGUUCUGACUUCUUGUUCUUGUCUAGCUCACACAUUUCAUAAUAUUGCCGUUUUAGGGCAACUUUCUCCCCUGACAAAGUUGCAAAGGGCACAGAAUGUGCAUUUUUUGCCUUGCAAGAAUGUAACAUUUUAAGAAACGAACACAAAACUUGUACACCGGUUGCCCUUAUUUUAGAAUCGAACACGAAAGGUAAAAACCAAUCAAAAGGUGAAAUUUUUUGUUAGAAACGAAAACACCAUAAAUAUAAAUAGU